AUGCCUCUACUAUCAGAUAAGGGCAAGGACGUAUCAGCGUCAGUGGGGGAACUGAGCCAGAGAAGCCCCAGUGAUGCGGAUAGCCAGCAAACUGAGGUGGAGCAUGCAGCCAGGCAGCUCAACGCAACAGUAGAAGAGGUGCUCGCUGCCCAGGAGUACGCUAGGUCCCUGUCAUUGGAACAAACAAAAGAGCUCGCGCGUCAACUUUUUGAGACUCAUCAGCAUGAUCCGAACUUUCCAAGCCAGGCCCUCGGUCGUCUUCAUGAUUUCCUGGAAAAUGAUUCUAUAACCGGCGAGCCGGAAAAGAACAGGAAUAUUAUUGAAGAGACAAAGCUGGAGGUUUCACUCCUUACCACCAAUAGUCCUUAUGCCGAGUGGGCAAAGCGGCUGAAAAUCUUCACACAAUUCCUGGACCGAUAUUUCAACCAAAAGUAUGCUGGAUCAUUCGGUUACCAGAUCCUGUUGGCGUUGUCAACGGACUUCAUGGGAUACGGGCUUGCUGGCCUUCUAAGGAAAUUCCUUGUAUAUCCCUCGUUCUGUCUUUGGCCCAAGACGAUGGUUACCAUCGCUCUGAACAGCUCCCUGCAUAACGAGGCAAACCACGCGGUUUCUGGUCCGUUGAAGCGGCUGUAUAACAUUUCCCGCUUCCGUCUCUUCCUUUACGCCUUCGCCGCCAUGUUUGUCUGGUUCUGGUUCCCCGACUACAUCUUCGCGGCACUCAGCCUCUUCAACUGGAUUGCUUGGAUUGCGCCUGACAACUUCAACCUCACCGCAAUUUGCGGUUUGAAGAAGGGGCUCGGUUUCAACCCGCUGCCAACAUUCGACUGGAACGUUGCGACACACGUGUUUGACCCAUUGGUCAUCCCUUUCGCCGUGACGCUGAACACGUUCAUCGGCUGUCUGGUGGGCGGCUUCGUGCUGAUCGGGAUGUACUACACGAAUGCGCUCCAUACAGGCUAUCUGCCAAUCAACACCAACUCCAUGUUCAACCACUACGCUAAGUCAUACAAUGUUUCGGCCGUGCUGGAUGAUCGCGGCUGGCUCGACGAGGAGAAGUACCAGGAAUACUCCCAGGUCUACCUCGCUGCGAGCAGUUUGACCAUGUAUUGGUUCAGCUUCGCAGUGUAUACGGCGACCAUAUCGUAUUCCGUACUGUACCACCGCCGAGACAUCGUCAAUGGUUUCCGCAGUCUAUUUCGAGGAUACAAGGACACAGCGGAAGAGUUCAAAGACAUUCAUACUCGGCUAAUGUCUGCAUAUCGCGAGGUCCCUGAAUGGUGGUACCUGAUUUUGAAUGUUUUUGCGAUUGUCCUCGGCGUAGCUGCGGUAGCAGGAUGGCCUACAUACACCACGGUUGGAGUCGUCUUCUUUGGAAUUGGCUUGGCUCUCGUCUUUGUUAUUCCGACUGGUAUCAUCUACGCGACAACUGGAUUGCAGGUCGAGUAUAACUACAUUGCAGAGUUCAUCGGAGGCGCUUGGCUUCCCGGAAAUGCCUUGGCGAUGAACUUCUUCAAAUGCUACGGCUACGUCACCACCGCCCACGCUCUCGCCUUCAGCAACGACCUGAAACUCGCACACUACGUCAAGAUCCCACCGAGAGUGACCUUUUUCGCCCAGUCAGCUGCAACUCUCGUCUCAGCAUUCGUCUGCACGGGUGUGAUGAACUUUCAGAUGCGCCACAUCCAUGAUAUCUGCGAAUCUGAUCAAAAGGAUAAGUUUACGUGCCCUGGUGUGAACACCUACUUCACCGCCGCCGUCCUCUUCGGUUCGAUGGGCGCGCGCAAGGUCUUCGGCAAGAACGGGCAAUACACAACGCUGCUCUCCGCCUUCCCUGUCGGCGCCGUGAUCCCGGUGGUCUUCUACCUGGUGCAGCAGCGGCUGCCCAAGACACACUGGUUCAGGCGUGCGCACCCGAUUCCGCUGCUCAAUGGUGGGACGACGUGGUCGCCGUACAACAUAGGCUACGUCUGGCCCGCCGUCCUGCCCGGCUGGCUGAGCAUGGUCUAUCUGCGACGGCGUUACCUUGCCUUCUGGUCGAAAUACAAUUACGUCAUUUCCGCGGCCUUCUCGACGGCCAUCGCUGUUGCGGCCGUUGUCAUCUUCUUCGCGGUCGAGUACAGCGGGUUCGAGAUAAACUGGUGGGGGAACAACGCCGAGAGUGGUUGUGAGAGCACGACGUGCACGAGGUUGAAGCUGCCGGCGGGUGAAUACUUUGGGCCGAGGAUUGGGAACUACUCGUGA